AAACUGGAAGUUGAUUGAAUAUUCUAAAAUUGUUUCUUUUGAACUUAAUAACCAAGUUUCACAACGAAUUCCACGUCGAUAACUUUGGUCCCGGCUGCUAGAGUCGGUCGCAAUGGCCUCAUUAAAUCAAUGCGUCGCCUCAUUGACGAGGCUAAGCCUCACAGCGACCACAAGACCAGUGAAUGCAACAAUUCCGAGAUUUUUAGCGCCGUCGAUAGUCCAGACAAGAUGCAAAAGCGCCGGUACUGUGGCCAUGCGCGCACGUGAACGAGAGAAGGAGAAGCUCAAGAAGAAGAAGAAGCAACAUAAAUUCAAGGAGCACAAAUAUGCUACGCCGAGCAGGGAAGAGCAAUUCUCACUAUGCGAUGCUAUGCGAUAUCUGCGAGCUGCAGAAGUUGGCCGUCCUCCAUCCUCUGUCACCUACGAAAUCGCUUUAAAGAUCAGAACCCCGAAGAACAGUCUACCCCUUCGAAACCGAAUACGUCUACCUUAUCCCAUUAAAAACGACACUCGCAUCGCCGUUAUUUGCAAAGAGGGCGGCGACGCUAUGCACGACGCCCGCGCCGGUGGAGCGGUGGCGUUCGGAGAGGAUUCCCUUUUUGAACUUAUCAGGGCGAACUCGAAUAAACUGCCUUUCAACCGUUUGAUCUGCCAUGUAGAGUCCGAACCGGCCCUCAAGAAGGCAGGUCUUGGCCGGAUAUUGGGUCCUAAGAAUCUAAUGCCCAGUUUGAAGACCAACACCAUUACCAAGAGUGUGAAGUCUUUGAUGCACGAGAUGGUCGGCGCCGAGGUGUACAGAGAAAAAGUUGGUGCCAUCCGCAUGCCUAUCGGGAAUAUCCUAUUUACCCCCAAGCAACUGUCGGAAAACGUCAAGACUCUUGUGGGGGCAGUGAAGGAGAAUAUCACAAAUUUGGAGGAUAAGGUCAAGAAGGACUUGAUCGAGGUUGUGCUGACUUCUUCCAACGGGCCGGGAUUCAGUUUGAACGGAAACUUUGGUCCUACUGACGAGAAGAUCCAGCCAUUGCAUUUAAGCACAGCUAUGUAAAUAUCCACAUGAAUAAAUUCUGAAGAACAGGCAA